UGAAACAUUCUAAGGACGAGUUAACUUAAUUUGGAAAAGAAAAGAAAGAAAAUGGCUGCGCCUGUGACCGACUCCGUUCGCGAGAAAGCGUUGGCAGACUACAGAAAGAAGCUCCUGGAGCAUAAAGAAUUAGAAGCGAGAUUGAAAGAAAUGAGAGAAAAUGCCAAAGAAUUAAACAAACAGUAUGACAAGUCAGAAAAUGAUUUGAAGGCUCUGCAAAGUGUAGGCCAGAUUGUUGGUGAGGUCCUGAAGCAAUUAACAGAGGAAAAAUUCAUCGUCAAAGCAACAAAUGGACCAAGGUACGUGGUGGGCUGUAGAAGACAGUUAGACAAAAGUAAGCUUAAGCCGGGAACUCGGGUGGCUCUGGACAUGACUACACUGACAGUAAUGCGAUAUUUACCUCGGGAGGUGGAUCCAUUGGUUUAUAACAUGUCGGUGGAGGACCCUGGUGAAAUCAGCUAUAAUCAGAUUGGUGGACUUGGAGAGCAGAUCAGAGAACUUAGAGAGGUGAUAGAACUUCCUCUGAUGAAUCCUGAGUUGUUUCAGAGAGUCGGAAUAACACCCCCUAAAGGCUGCCUGUUGUAUGGACCCCCAGGAACAGGAAAGACAUUGUUAGCCCGGGCUGUUGCUAGUCAACUGGAUGCCAACUUCCUUAAGGUUGUGUCAAGUGCAAUUGUUGAUAAGUAUAUUGGAGAAAGUGCCAGGCUGAUCCGAGAAAUGUUCGCAUUUGCCAGAGACCAUGAGCCAUGUAUCAUAUUUAUGGACGAGAUUGAUGCUAUAGGUGGAAGAAGAUUUUCAGAGGGGACAUCAGCUGAUAGAGAAAUUCAAAGAACUUUGAUGGAGUUGCUGAAUCAGAUGGACGGUUUUGAUGCUCUGGGUCAGGUUAAAAUGAUCAUGGCUACAAACCGACCUGAUACAUUAGAUCCUGCCUUACUCAGACCAGGGCGUCUAGACAGAAAAAUAGAAAUCUGUUUACCCAAUGAGCAGUCAAGACUAGAAAUAUUGAAAAUCCAUGCACAGCCUAUAGCCAAACAUGGAGAAAUAGACUGGGAGGCUGUUGUUAAAUUGUCUGAUGAUUUUAAUGGUGCAGAUCUAAGAAAUGUUUGUACAGAAGCAGGAAUGUUUGCGAUCAGAGCAGAGAGAGAUUAUGUGAUAGAAGAAGACUUCAUGAAAGCUGUUAGAAAAGUAGCUGAUAACAAAAAACUGGAAACCAAGCUGGAUUACAAGCCAGUGUAAAUGGACAAGAGUUUUGAAAGUUUACCCUGUGUGUUAAAACAAGCUCACAACAUUUUUUUUUUUUUUUUUUCGUGUACAUUACAAUAAAAUAUGAAUAAAUGUAUAAAAAGUAUUCAA